AUGCUCGUGCAGGGCCUGGUCGGCUACCACGGCAUCAUCUCGCGAGCCGAGGAGGCCCGCCUCUGCGAGGAGCUCCUCCAGCUCCUUCAGCACCCCAAGGCCGCCUACGUCGCGGAGGAAACCCGCUAUUGCGUGAACUUGUACGAGACCGGGGAGUUGGGGCUGCCCGGGAAGGACACCCUGGCCUUUGCCCUUUCCCGCGCCCCGACGCUGCAGGCGGUGCUUUAUCGCUUUUUUGUCCUCGGCCUGAUUCCCUCCCCGCCGAAUGUCUGCCAAAUCAACGAGAUGAUCGGGAACUUUUCGGGCUACCCGGUCCACCGCAAGCCGGCCAGUGUGGGGGCCUACUUCGGCCUGCUUAACCUCGUGUCGACCACCGUCGUCCACCUGCAGCAUCGCGAUUGCCCGUGGUAUCCUCGACUGCACGUCAGCCCGCGGUCGCUUUUUGUGGUGUCGGAGCCCUGUUUGAGCGAGUACGGCAUGGGCUACAAGCGCACCGCGCAGCCUUUUCACAGCUUCGAGUACGCCACCCGGGUUUCGAAGGACUACCGCAUCGAAGUCCUCUUCGCGACCGUGGAAAGCGCCCGGCAUCGGCUGCUGCGGGAUGCCGUCGGGCUGACGGCCGCGGCGCAGAAAUCGUCCACAGCCGCGGCCGCGGCGAGCCCUGGCGAGGCGGAAGGCCCCAGGGACGCCCCCAAUCCCCCGCCCCCCUCCGUGAUUGACCCGUGGCUUCGCCAAAUUCGCCGUCAACUGCACGAGACGGAAGGCGCCGCGGGGGGGCCGCCGGGGCCUUCGAUGGACCCCGGCUCGGGUCUUUCCCCCGCGGACGUCGCGCCGGGCCCGGAUGGGAGCCUGAAGACGGUUGUGGUGGAUGGCCACGCCCUGCGGCGCGAGAUGGAGGCCCAACUCCUCCUCGGGAAGACGCCGAGGACCUUCAGCAUCAACUCCGACGCCCCCCCCGCGGCCGACGCCGCCUUCCCGGCGGCGGAGGGCCGGGCGAAGGCCGCGUCGCCGGCGCGGCGGCGGCUCGAGGCGCUGCGGACGCGCUACGAGUUCGCCAAACACCUCCAAUCCCACACCGCGGUGAGCCGGUCAAACGACGGGCCGACGCUCAUUCGCGGCCACGCCCCAGGGGAUGGCAAAAAGUUUUAA